CGCGGCGCCGCCUCCACCCGCCAAGAUGGCCGAGGGGCGGGGCCCAAGCUCCAACCAUUUCCGCUUCCGGGAUGGACACCGAAGCCGUUGGCGGGAGUGCUUCCCGGCGGAAGAAUGAGGCCGGCGGAAAUGCGCCAUGGUGCACAAGCGCAUUGGCGUCCUCAGGCUCCGGAUCCGACGCGUUGCUUCGGGUGUUAAGGUCUCCUGGCUACGCCCCAUGGCAACCGGAGGCCAAUGGAAGGCAGCUUUAUGGUUGCUAGGGAAACUUUGGCGGCAAGAUGGCGGCAGCUGGCGAUCCGAACCUCUCUUCGCUCCAACCGCGCCGGCACUCGCCGAGACUGCCGCCGCGAAACGGCUAUGGUGUCUACGUAUACCCAAAUUCUUUCUUCCGCUAUGAAGGAGAAUGGAAAGGAGGCAAGAAACACGGCACUAUUGUCAGAGCUGCUUGAAGAGUCACCUACUUUUAAGAAUGUGUUCUCCAGGGACCAGAAAGAUGGCUCAGAAGAGUGCUUGCUGCUCUUGCAGAGGACCAGAGUUCAGUUCCCAGCACCUACAUCAGGUCAUGGGAAGCUAUUGUUUAAAGAUGGAAGUUAUUAUGAAGGCGAAUUUGUGGAUGGAGAAAUCACUGGGGAAGGCUACCAGCACUGGGCCUGGUCAGGAAACACCUACUCCGGACAGUUUGUUUUAGGAGAGCCUCAAGGACACGGCAUCAUGAAGUACAAAGCUGGGGGUCACUAUGAAGGGGAGCUCUCCCAAGGCCUGAGGGAAGGGCAGGGGUUUCUGGAGGACCAGGAUGGGCAGGUAUACCAGGGUUCCUUCCAUGAUAACAAGAGACAUGGCCAUGGGCAGAUGAUCUUUAAGAAUGGUGACAAGUACGAAGGUGACUGGGUUCGAGACCAGCGUCACGGACAUGGAGUGCUGUGCUGUGCCGAUGGCUCCACAUACAAGGGACAGUGGCACAAUGAUGUCUUCAGUGGACUCGGCAGCUUGGUCCACUGCUCAGGAGUCACCUACUGUGGGAUAUUCAUUAAUGGCCACCCAGCAGCACAGGCUAAGAAAAUUGUGGUCCUGGGUCCAGAGGUACUGGAAGUGGUCCAAGGAUCUCCCUUCACGUUGAGUGUACAGCUGCAGCAAGAUGACGGGGAAGUUGCCAAAAGUGAGAGUGGCCGGGUCCUGAAGAUCUCAGCAGGUGUCAGAUAUGUGCAACUCCCAGAGUACUCUGAGGUCAGCUUUUUCAAGAUGGAUGAAGAUCACAUGGAGACACCCAUCCAGACCCCGUUUGGGUUCCAGUGCAUUUCCUACCCUCUGUCUGUGCCCGUGUCCUGGGGGCAGGAGUCCGGGUCUACUGUGGAAAGUGCCAGAGCUGACCUGCUACUCUCCAAGAGAGACUCAGAGCCUGUGCUGGACUCAGGAGCCUUCCAUGGCCAGGGAGACACCCUCAGCAUCCUGCCAGGAGUCUUUCAGCCCCCAGGGAUUCCAGGACCAAGUCGGGAACUGUGUUCCAGGACCAGGCAGAGACUGUGCUCCAGGACCAAGCAUCCUUCCAUUCUUCUGUCACCAUUUGCUGCACGAAAGAUCCAGAUCUCUGGCAGGAAAGUGCAAAGGCCAAAGCCACAUGGGAUAGCAAGAGCCCAGGAGAGGCAGUUCUGUUUCCCCACCCACCCCACCUCCCGACCUCCCGCUAGUGGUGACAGAGUAGAGCGUGCCCUUCGCUCUUGAUCCUUCAGGCUUACCCUUCAUUUCUGUGAUCCAUUUAGACAGAUUUAUUGUACUACUCAUUUUCAGCUUCGAUCCAUUUAGCUAGUUUUCCUGCUAUCAAUGUAACAUCCAAAGUUGCUCUUUCUUUCUGGGUACUCUCUCCUGUUAGUCUGCCUUACACUCAGUGACAGAGACACCCCUAACUGCUCUGCCCCAGUGAUCCCAGCGGUACUUCCAAGGUCCCCAUCUAGCACCUCCAGUUUCCGGAGAAUGGAAGAGCCCUCUGACCAUUUGUGUCUCCUCCCUAGGCAUUCUGCAAAGCCUUUAAGUCACUCCAGAAGUUUAACCGUCCUGAGCAAGAGCAAGGUCUGAAAAAGAAACCCUUCACCCUCGUGAUGAGUGCCCCUGUAACUGGAAAGCCUGAAUGUCACAGCUUAGGACCAGCCUGUGCUGCCAGGGACCUAGCCAGGCUUCUCCCACAUCUGGGGCUGCUCCUAGAGCCCCUCUCUGGGUUGACAGGAAGGAGGUAUCCAAGGAGGCAUGCCUCAACCUGUGACAAGGAGCUAGAAGGCAAGCCCUACACAGACGUGCCAAGCUGUGCCUAGAGACUCCAGCUAAAGCAGUCUUAUUGUGUAAGGGGACUGUGUCCUUAGAGUAGACUUCAGUAUUUAAAAACUAACAAACAAACAGAAACUGAUCAUCUUGCCCUUGUCCCUGGCCUGGUUCCUUUGCUCCCUUACUGGGUCCCUGGUGCCAACAUUCUCCCUUCUAGGCAGAUCCUUGCCAAGGGCCUAUGAGGCCACCUCAGGCCCUGUGGUUCUGAAUGCUAUGUGAAGGACUAGGGAGCAGCUUUGCAGCAAUACCUUAGAGCUGCUUCCUAUGCUGGACUGGAAGGAGCCGGGUACCAAGGACCCUAUGGGUAGGAUGUCCUGACUGUGUGCUUGGUCAUCUCAGAAAGUGUUCACUUACCUCCCCAGCCACCUAGACAAGUCACUAAGGAGCAAGGCAGAGACAAGAGCCUUCAGAGCCCAGUCAGUAGACAGUAACUGAGCAGAAGGCCUGAGUGAAGACAACGAGGAGCUACAUGGUUCUUGUUCUUGCUGAGACGCCUUAGGAUGAUGCUUCUGUACAGGGCACAUAAGACACCACUAGAAGCCACGUGUACAGCCAGAGUCAAGGAUGGUUCUCCUCCCUCUCCUUCCCUCCAUGCUCUAACUGAUGGGCAGAUAUACGGGACUGACCCAUCUGCCCCACAAUCACAGCUUUACUGCGAGUCAGACGAGUGUUCAGAGUGAGAUAUGGCUGCUCUUUCCAAAUGACACAGUAGUAACCUCCACUCCACUGGUGUUUGCUUCUUCCUCACACAGAAGCCAGGAACGGGGGCAGGUCCGUCACCAGCUGUGGAUUCCACACUUCUGUCUUUUAUUCUGCUCUAUGUCAUUUUUGUUUACCAUGGCAUGAUCUCUAGGACGCUUCUGACAUCAUGCUAAAUCUUAUUAAGCAGGAAGGAGAACAUAUGAGGGGCAGAACUCAAUCAUACAGUCACAUAUCCAUCACAUGGAGAUAAGCAUAGUGUGCCAACAAAGAUUAGGCUCCAUUGUUAGAGAAGAAGGGGAAACUGGACACUGGGCAUCUCUGCCAAGUAGAAAUUCCAUCAAGGUACAUCAUCCAUGCUGCGUACAUAGAUGGAUGUCAGAGAGGCUCCCCAGCACCACUUUAGUUGCAGACCAUGUAUCCACUCUCCAUCUGUGACAAAGGCUGUCCCAUUAUGACUCCCAAAGCCCUGCAGACUAGCCUCUAACACCCCAGACCACAGGGCUGUGACGAUAGGCUUGUGGCUGUAAUAGCAUCCGUAGUGAGCAGGCCUGCAGAAACAGCCACAAUGGCUUCAGCUGACUUCACAUUGCAGGAGUUUUCCAGGUUGACCAGCAGCCUCUGCUCAGGGUCAUUCAUGUGAGAGUGAGGGUGACAAGCCACCUAGCCUACUCCUACCUACCAUGUACUCCCUAGAGGACAGCAUGUUCCCCCAACCUGCCGUUUGGCACCUUUGGGUGCCAAGGGGUUUCUGUUUAGAGCAAACCAGCCUGGAGGUCAGGCUGCCCUGAGGAGAGACAGGGAAGGAAACUGUGGGUGAAAUACAGAGCAUACAUGAGUCAGACCUGAAACUACAGCCGAGCAGGAGGCGGCACACACUUUAAAGCAAUUACAGUGUUUCAGCGUGUUCCCAAAGCCUGAGGCCAACAGCCAUUGGUAGAGGGAGUCCCAUCUCCCAAGGUAGGAACAGCCCUCCCCCUCUGCAGACAAGUGGCACCCCCAACCUACUGUCAAUUCCUCUGGACUGAAAGAUAAUCGGCUUGCACACAGUGGCCUAGUGGGAGGGAACUAGACACAGCUGGCAGGAGGGGCUUCAGGAGGCAUUGUCCCUGGGUGGAGGCUACUGAUCCCCCAGAGACUAGAGUCAGACCAGCCCCUCUACCCCCACCUGUAGCAACAUUCUUAAGGUUUGCUAAGCAUGUGGCAGCCACCAGGUCAUUGAGGCCACUCCUCUGAGGCAUUCCUGGCUUUGGCCCACUGUGCCUCCAACUGGGACUCAGGGUCUCAGGCUUCCUUGGUCUGGGAUUCCAGACAAUUCAGGAAACAAACCCUCUAAAAACUUGUGUUUCCACCUUUACAAAUAAUAAAACAAAGAAA